GGUGGAACUUCCCUACGAUCUACAAACCUGGCGUUUUACGGUUCCAGUCCCUGCUGAACUGGGAGAUGUCGGCUACGGGACAGCCCGAGCCCUUGCGUCCUCCCGACGGCUUUGCGAAGCGGGUCCUGGUGACCGGGGGUGCUGGUUUCAUCGCAUCACAUGUGAUUGUCUCCUUAGUAGAAGAUUAUCCAAACUAUAUGAUCAUAAAUCUAGACAAGCUGGAUUACUGUGCAAGCCUGAAGAAUCUUGAAACCAUUUCUAAUAAACAAAAUUACAAAUUUAUACAGGGUGACAUAUGUGAUUCUCACUUCGUGAAACUACUUUUUGAAGUAGAGAAAAUAGACAUAGUACUACAUUUUGCGGCACAAACGCAUGUAGAUCUUUCAUUUGUCCGUGCCUUUGAGUUUACGUAUGUUAAUGUUUAUGGCACUCACGUUUUGGUAAGUGCUGCUCAUGAAGCCAGAGUGGAGAAAUUUAUUUAUGUCAGCACAGAUGAGGUCUAUGGAGGCAGUCUUGAUAAGGAAUUUGAUGAAUCUUCUCCCAAACAACCUACAAAUCCUUAUGCAUCAUCUAAAGCAGCUGCUGAGUGUUUUGUACAGUCUUACUGGGAACGAUACAGGUUUCCAGUUGUCAUCACACGAAGCAGCAAUGUUUAUGGACCACAUCAAUAUCCAGAAAAGGUUAUUCCAAAAUUUAUAUCUUUACUUCAACACAACAGGAAAUGCUGCAUUCAUGGAUCAGGACUUCAAACAAGAAACUUCCUUUAUGCUACUGAUGUAGUAGAAGCAUUUCUCACUGUCCUCAAAAAGGGAAAACCAGGUGAAAUUUAUAAUAUUGGAACCAAUUUUGAAAUGUCAGUUCUCCAGCUUGCCAAAGAACUAAUACAACUGAUCAAAGAGACCAAUUCAGAGUCUGAAAUGGAAAACUGGGUUGAUUAUGUUAAUGAUAGACCUACCAAUGACAUGAGAUAUCCAAUGAAAUCAGAAAAAAUACAUGGCUUAGGAUGGAGACCUAAAGUGCCUUGGAAAGAAGGAAUAAAGAAAACAAUUGAGUGGUACAGAGAGAAUUUUCACAACUGGAAGAAUGCAGAAAAGGCAUUAGAACCCUUUCCUGUAUAGCCACCGUUUGUGCAGUCGGGACAGUUUUCAGAGAAAGAAGAAACUUAUCCUACCUCAACAAGUGAUAUGAAAUCAAGCGACCAAAUGAAGUGUCCUCUUUUCAUUUGGACUUAGAUUAUGACUUUUUGUAUAAAAUUCAAAUGUAAAAUGCCUCAGUCUUUAGAAGAGGUUCGGUAUUAGCAUAGGAUUUAAAUAUCAAAAUUCUCUCAGAAACCUUUUCUCCUAAAAAUUAGGAACCAGUAAGCAUAGAAAGACCCUUCUGUAGGUGCGGGCCAGGAAGGAGGAAUCUCCUGGUUCUGAGAACAAGGACAGGGAAAAGCUCUGGGCAGAUGACAGCCUUCGCUGGCAUUGAACUCAGCUUCCCAUCCUUUCCCACUGCCUAGACAGUCUCUGAAGUUUUUUAGGCAGUAUAGGAUGAGCCUUUUGCCCUGAUUUAUCUUUUUAAGGUCUGAUGUGCUACAGUUGCUUUAAAAAUGGAACAAAUGGAAGCAUAUCUAGCACUUUUUAUUUGAUAAUUUUGUACAAUUAAGUUAAAUAUUUUUUAAAAGAAGGAUGUCGUUUUUAUAUUUUCAAAAUUGGUCAUUGAACUAUGUAAGUAAUCUUGUAUCAGAGGAAUUUUAUCAUGUAUUUACUGUUUAAAAUGAUUUUAUUUAUAAAAUUAUCAAUACUUUAAUGUAUUAAUGUAUAAUGUGACUUUUUUUAAAGUAAUGUGUGUUUUUGUUUUGCUGUAAAAAAUUUUUUUAAAUACUUGAUUAUCAUGUAUUUUUAGUUCCUCUCUUCCCUAAAGACUUUAAGAUGAUUUAAAAGGGUAACUGACCGGAUAUUACAUUCAGAAAAGGAAAAGGGUCAAAGACUAUGCCCAGCUUUCUGGCCUCAGUGUGUGACUGGUGCCUUGUUUUCUCUGUGGAGUAGGAAGCAAGGUUAUUAACCCAGAGGUGGUUGCAGGAGGGCGAUAGGAGUGGC